AUGGACGCGGAGGCAUAUUUUCCCGCCGACAUCUCCGUUGUCCCACGCGAUGAAACGAAUGUGACGGCGCCGACAACCGAAGAGGAGAAAAAAGCUGCUUCAGUACCGAUGACAUCGCUAAUGAAUGGACGACGGCGACGCGAUCCGACCCUUUUGUCAACAAUUUUAGAAGUGCCAUCAACGUCAAGCCUUCUUCCUGCCGACGCAUCGAUCUUCUGCCUGUUAUGCCAAAAUAAAAUCAGACCAACAUCACCGAACUUUGUGAAGCCCUGUCAGUGUCCAUUAGUGUUUGUCCAUACUACGUGUGCAAUAGACAACGAGGCUUUCUUCGGUACAAAUUGUACUCAAUGUCAUCAAAUGUAUCGUCCUGAGCAGGCAACUCCCCGCCAAUCUCCGACCAAGACUACAAGACCCGUUUUCACGACAAAAACACCGACGAAAACAAGUUUACCAUAUAAUUUGGAAUCCGGCACCUCGUGUGUAUUGUGCCUCAAUCAAAAAUAUCAAAAUCCAGAAUGGUCUGAACAGAAUGAUGCCAAAUUAAUUCGCCCUUGUUUUUGCGGAACAUUAGUUCAUCACGGAUGUAUCACUGAACGUCUGAAAUUGGAAAAGACGUGUCAAUGGUGUGAAGUCAAAUAUCGCUAUUUCAAAUAUGGGUCGUUCGUCGAUUUCUGUCGUCGAUACUACAUUCAACAUUUGUGCUAUGUUUUUCUUUUCGCAUUCGUGUUAACUAUGUUUGGAAUCGCUUUUCAUGGAUCGUUGAUUUUUCACGAAACUGUCGAGUUUGCGACUAUCGUGCUCUCAGUUCUCGCAUUCUUCUUCUUUGUCCUCUUCGUUGGUGCAUGCAUAUUCACAAUCAAUCACACAAUUGUGACUCGUCUUCCUCGAUUCAGAAGACGCUAUGGGAAUAUUACUGUCGUACCAUACGAUCCCGAUGUUCGUUCGAAAAAGGAAGUGCUCAGAUCUCUGAAGGCAGCACAGAGUGAAUCGUUCAAUGAACGAGAGAAUACUCCAUUGAAUCCACCGAAGAAUCUGACUGAUAUGUCAUUGGAAGCAAUAAGAUCGGAUUCGGGUGAUUUAUCGAUCGGCCAACAAAUGUUCGGAAUAACUUCAAAUGCUCGGAUAUUCUCAUCGACUCCACUGACACACAAAACAAAAAUGUCGGUUUUUGGUAACAGUGAAGCGUAGGUCUCGAUCAUUGUUCUUGUUAUAUAUGUUCAUUAAUUGUGAUGCCCACUCCCACCACCCCUUCUAUUGCUCACAUUUCUUUUCUGUAAUAUAAGUAUUAACAGUCACUUGGCCAAGGAUUUCUCGCAGAGCACAUUGCCUAGCUGGCUGUAGAUAUUUUAACAAAACCCCCUCCCCCAUUUGCAUCUUACACUUCUAGUUUCAGUUCUGACCAUCAUGUCAAAUCCGGUUCAUAAACUGGUCAAUUUAUUUUAAACAAAAAAUGAACACU